AUGGUGAAGGCCAUUCGUGCAGAAAGUGAGAAAAGCGACUCAGGCUCAAGUUCGGACAAUGCAGACGAAGAAGAUUUUCACCGUAAGGUUCAUGUGACGACUAUCACUGAUCAGGCUGCAGACCCAGGGGAUCAACGAGACAGGUCGCGAAAGACAGACCGAGAUGAUGAUCGCGAUUGGGGCGGAUUUGCGAAAGCCUGCACACACUGCGGCUCGAAAUGA